CCCGGGGGAAGGGGUGGGGGGCCGGGUGGGUGUGCCCCGCUCUCCCCGCCGCCGCCUUGGCCCGCCCCGCUCAGAAGGUGCCGGAGCCGGAGCCCGAGCAGCAUAGCAGUGUCCCCGCCAUGCCCAACUUCGCCGGCACUUGGAAGAUGAGGAGCAGUGAGAAUUUCGACGAGCUCCUCAAGGCGCUGGGUGUCAAUGCCAUGCUGAGGAAGGUGGCGGUGGCUGCCGCCUCUAAACCCCACGUGGAGAUCCGCCAGGACGGGGACCAGUUCUACAUCAAAACUUCCACCACUGUCCGCACCACUGAGAUCAACUUCAAAAUCGGGGAGAGCUUUGAGGAGGAGACGGUGGAUGGAAGAAAGUGCAGGAGUUUGGCCACUUGGGAAAAUGAAAACAAGAUCUAUUGCAAACAAACUCUCAUUGAGGGGGAUGGCCCCAAAACAUACUGGACUCGAGAGUUAGCUAAUGAUGAGCUGAUCUUGACCUUUGGUGCUGAUGAUGUUGUGUGCACAAGAAUUUAUGUAAGAGAGUAAAAACAUCCAUUUGCUUGUCAUCUGGGAUGAAAUGGAGCGCUGUGAAAAUCCCCAGUAUAAUGAGUAUCUGUGUGUGCAGUUCCUAAGGCAGUGUUGUAUGUGACCAUGUGUGUUAUAUCUGAACCCAUAUCCUCUGUCAAAGUGUAUUUUGCUGUUAUUUCUCAUUGCAGACACCGUUCCUUCCCUCUUUUAUGCCAUCAUUUUCCUCGUCUGCUUUGUAUUUUGUAGUCCUCACUCGCUAUGGUUUCCUCAGUUAUUAAAAUUAUUGGGCAGAAC